UAUCUUCCUUCAAUCCAAACACAACCUUAGCCUUUUGUUAUUCGCAAUCCGCGAAAGGGCACCAACCUGCCGGCAAUUAUUCAUCCCUGGUCCAGUAAACACUUCGUUUUCAGGUGUCGCUGUAGACGUAUCCACCGUUAGCAGUAACAUCAACGGUCCUGGACCUUGUCAAACAAGGGCCAUUCUUCUCAUAUAUAAUAAUAUCUAUUUCCAAUUCCAUUUCCUAUUUCACACGUAAAUGUGCAGCUCACAAUACAAUUCCACCAUCACCACCACCAACACCAACAACCACAAACGCUCCUCUACCUACCACUCCCGCUCAAGGUGUUCGUCAAAAAUCCUCAACAAACAAUUCCACUACUACAACCAACCCAGAAGGGAAUAACAAAAGCAUUUCCUUCAUAACGCUUUUAAUGAUUGCUGUUCUUACAAAUAGGUGUGUUUUCAUAAAAGAGAUUCUUGAUGGCUUUGAAGCCUGGUGCUGUUUCUGGAUGUGAUAUUUCUCAUUUAAGCUGGGGAAGAGUCUCCCUGUCUAAAUGGCCGAACUGGAUGAGGAGUUUGAGUAUAACGCGGAGAUUUGUGUGGUUUGGCGCGAUAAGGGCUGAAUUGAGACAAUUUAUUGAUCAGAAUGUGGCCAAUGCUUCGGGAAGCUUGCAAAAGGAUUUCAGCUCCUUUCCAAGACCAUUAUCUGUAGCUGAUCUUUCUCCUGGUCCGGUUGAUGGGGUAAAGGUGCGGAUAUCUUAUAAGGGGCUACCGGGUUCAUACAGUGAGGAUGCUGCACUAAAAGCCUACCCUAAAUGUGAAACUGUACCCUGUGAUGAGUUUGAGGAUGCAUUUAAGGCUGUUGAAUUAUGGCUAGCGGAUAAAGCAGUUCUUCCAAUUGAAUGUUCUUUGGCUGGAAGCAUUCAUCGCAACUAUGAUUUACUCCUUCGACACAGGCUUCACAUUGUUGGUGAAGUACAAUUGUUUGUUAACCUCUGUCUUCUAGCUAUGCCAGGUGUCAGAACAGAGCAGUUGAAACGUGUUCUAAGCCAUCCACAGGUACUUGAUUUGAGUGAUAUUUUCCUGAGUAAGUUAAGUGUAGCAAGAGAAAAUGUUGAUGAUGCAGCUGGUGCUGCUCAGUAUGUAGCCUCGAAUGAGCUGAGGGAUGCUGGUGCUGUAGCAAGUGCUCGAGCUUCAGAAAUAUAUGGGCUUAAUAUACUGGCAGAAAAUAUCCAGGAUGACUCUGAUAAUGUAACUCGUUAUCUGGUCCUUGCAAGAGAUCCAAUAAUUCCAAGAACUGAUAAGCCCUAUAAGACAAGCAUUGUAUUUACUUUGGAAGAGGGCCCAGGAGUCUUGUUUAAGGCCUUGGCUGUGUUUGCAUUGAGGGACAUAAAUUUGACAAAGAUAGAAAGCAGGCCACAAAGAAAAAAGCCAUUAAGAGUAGUUGAUGAUUCCAACACCGGAAGUGCCAAGUACUUUGACUACCUUUUCUACAUUGAUUUUGAGGCAUCUAUGGCAGAGCCUCGUGCCCAAAGUGCUUUAGGACAUCUGCAGGAAUUUGCGACAUUUCUGCGGGUGCUUGGAUGCUAUCCCAUGGAUACAACUGCUUUAUAGCUCUCUCCUUCCUAGCCAUCUUCAUGUUCAGGCCAGCAAAAGAAGAGAGUGAGUCCAAUUAUGUUGGAAUGGCCUUUGAUCUCGAAGUUAAGCCGAAGCUGCAUGAUUUUGAUGGUGUCAGUUGAUUGCGGUGGUUUGUGUUUAAGCCAUUUGAAUUCACUGAGGCAGAAAAAAUUAUGAAAAGAAUUGGUUGACUUCGUAUCCUGCAACUUAUAGGGUAAUUUUCUCAGGCAUAUGCUCAAACUAAAGAAACAAAAUUUUUUGUCAUAUCAAAUUGGUGGAUGAGUAGUUUAUUAUUGUCACACCUUGUCAACUCUUUGUGCAGGAUAGUUACUGGGUAACACUGUUUUAUCAUAUGUAAAAUGGAUUCAGUUGGGUAAUGAAAUAGGAAUUGAAGUGGA